GGAGGUGGGGGCUAAUCUCCACGCACUUGAUGCGGGGCGCAGUUUUUGCGUGGCGCUCGCUCGGUGCGCAGCAGCAGUGCGACUGAAAGUGGACUUUUUUUUUUUCUUUUCUUUUUUUACACGCACACAUCCGUGGGAUAUAUUUUUUUCAAAUGUGUUUUUAAAAGAAAAGAUGAGUCAAAAAAGGAUUUAGCUGUCACCCGGCCGUGACCCAUCAGGAGGACGUCCGUUACGCCGGGUUCGGUGCAUGCCAUUCGGGCUGCCCCUGCUGCGACGACCGCCGGUCCCGAAGGCAGAGUCGGAACCGUUCGGCGCCGGUUGCGCACGUGCGGAUGCCGAGAGCCGAGUCGAGCAACACAGCUCUUUUCGAAAUGUGACAUUUGCUGUACGACCACGACGCUGACAGCCGCGCUUGCCACCUCCUCACGUUCCCCAUCGCAUCUACCGGCAUCGAGCAAAACAAAAAAAAAAAAGAGAUGGCGUUCCACCUGGUCCUGUUCCUGCUGCUGCUGACCCACCGGACCACGGGCCAAGACUCCGAGGACCCCGAUUCUCUUCCGACGGGCUGCGGUUGGGGUCUGGGACGACCCUACACCCUCCUCUGCGACCUAGACUCCAUAUGGGGUGUCGCCGUCGAGUCGGCGGCGGCGGGCGGCGCGCUGGCGGCAAUCUUGCUGGCCUUGGUCCUGCUCUGCCGCGUGCGUCACAUCAGCGAGGCGGAGAAGCGUAGCGGCGUCGGCCCCAUCCUGUUGCUGCUCCUGGGCGUGGUGGGCUUGUUCGGGCUGAGUUUCGCUUACCUGAUCGAGCAGGACGAGACGCUGUGUCUGCUCCAGAGGGCCCUGUGGGGCCUCCUCUUCGCUCUUUGCUUCUCCUGCUUGCUGGUGCAGGGCGUGCGCCUGCGCAGGGUGGGCCGGGAACGCCGCGGCCCAGGGGGAUGCGCUCUCUCGGGCCUGGCGUUGGGCCUGAGCGCCGUGCAGGGCAUCAUCGCCGCAGAGUGGCUCCUGCUGACCGUGCUGAGGGAGGGCCGCGCCGCCUGCCAGUACCUCCCCAUGGACUUCUCGCUGGCUUGCAGCUACGUGCUAGCCCUCCUGUUAGCCGCCUUGACUGCCGCCGCUCUGGCUCUAUGCGGGAAGAGCCGUCGGUGGCGCUGCAGUGCCGUUUGGCUGCUGGUCACCUGCCUGCUGUCGCUGCUGCUGUGGGCGGCCUGGGUCGGCUUCUAUCUGUACGGAAACUCCUGGCUCGGAAAGUCCCCAGAAUGGAACGACCCGGCGCUGGCCAUCGCAUUAGUCGCCCAGGGCUGGCUUCUGCUCAUCUUCCACGCCAUUCCCGAGUCGCACAUCUGCCUGAAGCCUCCGCCGCAGCCCACCGCCCCGGACUACUUCGACACGUCACAGAACUCCACGCGGCUGAGGGAGACCAGCUUCGAUGAAGACAUCCCGCUCUCUCACAGGCAGUUUGUGGAGAACCAGGGAUAUGGAUACAACGAUGAAAACGCCGCAGGAUUGAGGAGCGGCAGCAGCGCCGGGCAGCACAACAGCAACACGGGCGCCAGGCCCAGCGCUCCCUUCCGCAGUAACGUCUACCAGCCCACCGAAAUGACCAUGAUCCUGAACGGGGGAGCGGUGAGUACAUCCUCCCAGUCGCAGGUGCCCUCUGCCCCGCCUACCUACACGGGAAGGCAGCUGUGGUGAAGCGGGGCAGUCCAAAUCGGGCAGGCGACAAAGCGGGUGGAGGUUGAGGAGGAGGAGGAUGCAAAAUAUGGAUGCCACUUUCACUCAGUACAGACUUUAACACUGACUUGUGUGCCAAUCUAAUAUUGUAUAGCGUGUCGAUGUGUGAGAAAAAAAGAGGUAAUGAACGACACAGCUAAAAAAAAAAAAAAAGUUUUAGCUGUGUCCUCCAUCCUUUCAAAGUCAAUGUGGGAUAUGUAUGUGUCAAAAAAAGAGUGUUAAAGUGUGUAUUCCCUACAACAACCCCUCCCUCUUCAGACUCUUCUCCCAUUGGCUUCAUCCCUCUUACCACUACAGUAUAUGACCACACAUUUGCAUGGACGCACAGAGUGACAGCACCUGCACAGAAGGAUGGGAAGCUCCUGCAGCGAUGAAGAUGAUGGUUCAUGAAUAUAGGUCCAACUCCAAUGGCAGGAGAAACUAUCGCAGGAAUGGAAUGGAGCGAAGACCACGUCCUAGGAACAAGAGAGAUAUGUUUAAAAAAAGCAAGACGGACUAUUUUUAGAAGUGUGAGAUAUCUGAGGGUCUGAGACACAGAUCAAAUUCACAGGGCAAGGCUGUAAAAUAAGCUGAAAGAAGAGGAGGAGGAGGAGGGGGAAUCUUCAUGUUGUGGUUGUCUUUAGUUAGUGGACACUACUUCCACCUCCUCCUUCUGAACUCUUGUUUCACCCGAGUGUCCAUUUCAUCCUGUCAGCUUUCACUGGAGAAGCUGUGUACAUACUGUAGUAGUGAUGUAAAAAUAAUAAUAAUAAUAAUCCCUGCUUGCUUGUUUAUGUUUUUAUUAUUAAUGAUUUAACCAUAACCUGUUUGGACACAUCAUAAAACGUGGCAAUUGCUAUUUGUAUUUCUUUACAAAAAAAACCCAAACUGAUUUGCAUUUGUUUUUUUCAAACUUUUGACUACAUAAGCAGUGUUUUUGUUUUUUUUAUAAGACGAAAUGGCUGUGAAUAAUUUCUGGCACUUGAUGCAGUAAAAAAAAAAAAGACUGUUAUAUACUGUUGUAGUUUUAAAAGAGUUAUUAGGAAAAAAAAACAGACCAGUACAGAAACAAACUUUAAAAAAAACACAGUCAGAGAUGAGCCCUCACAGCAACACAUGACUAAGUAAAGGCUGCGCGUUCUACACUGUUUAUGCCUCUUCCAAAAUAGGAGCGCAGCACAACAGGCCCGUGCCAUGCCCAAAGACAGCCUUGCUACGGUUGGGGCCUCACUUGAACACUGAAUACAGAAACAAGGUUUUAUAACAUGGGUGGCAGGAACAAAAGGGUUAAGUCACAGAAGCAAGGGUUAAUAAUAACGUGGACUACAGGAACAAAGCGUGGAGGGUUAACGUGACCUACUGGAAGAAUAUUUGACAAAUGGUAACAGAAACAAAGGUUGAGUUAUAGCACAAAGGGUUAAAAAUGGCUUGGAUGGGGUUUACAGAAAGAAGGGUACGUGUAGGCCACAGGAACAAGCGUUAAUAACAUGCCCUACAGGAACUAUGUUUAGCACCAGCUACAGGAACACACAUUCAAAUGAUUUACAGAGCAAGGGUUGGUGUUGGACACAGGAACAGGUGUUCAUAACAUGCGCUGUAGGAACAAGGGGUUAAGUUACUGGAACAACAUUUAACCAGGGCAACAAGGAAGGAAUAGUGUUGGCCACAGGAACUAGAUGUUUACUUUAGCUAGAGGAACAAGGAAAAUGGUUAUGGUCAGCAACAGAAACUGGUACAGGGUUCUUCGUAGGCCACAGGAACAAGGGUUUAUAUCAUUAACUACAGGAAGAAUGGUUAAUAUCAUGCUCGUUGGCCACAGGAACAAGAUGUUUACUUUAGCUACAGGAACAAGGGUACGCUAAAGGAAAAUGGUUAAGGUCAGCAACGGGAACCAAAACAGGGUUUUCCGUAGGCCACAGGAGCAAGGGUUAAUAUCAUUAACUACAGGAACAAUGGUUAAUGUCAUGCGCUAUAUAUAGAAACAGGGUUUUACGUCGGCCACAGGAGUGAUAGUUAUUAUCAUCGGCUACAGUGACAGGGUUUUACAAAGGCGACAUGAACAAGGGUUUAUAUUAUCAACAUGGACAGGGUUUUACAUAGGCCACAGGAACACGGGCAAUAUUAUCUACAGAUUAAGGUUUUAAUAUUAUAGACUACAGGAACAGGGUUUUUAUACAUGCGACAGGAACAAAAGUUGAUAUAAUGGGCUACAGGAACAGGUUGUUUAUUUAGGCAACAGGAGCAAAAUUUAACAACAUGGGCUAAUGGAACAUGGUUUUACAUCAGGAACAGGGGUUGAUAUCAUGGGCUACUGGAACAGGGUUUUGUACUUAGGGCCACAGGAACAGAGGCUAUUAUCAUGGGCUACAGGAACAGGGUUUUACAUAGGCCACAGGAACAAAUGUUAAUAUCAUGGGCUACAGGAACAGGGACUUACAUAGACCACAGGAACAAUGGUUAGUAUAAUGGAAUACAGGAUCAGGUUUGUAUAUAGGCCACAGGAACAAGGGUUAAAACAUCAUAGGCCAGAGAAACAGGUUUUUACAUAGGCUUCAGGGGCAAAUGUUAGUGGCUAUAGGAAAAAUGGUUAAAAUUAGCCACCAGAACAAUGGUUAAUGCCAUGAACUAUACAGGAACAAGGGUUAAUAUCAUGGGCUACAGGAUUAGGAGCAGGGUUUUACAUUGGCCUCAUGAACAAGGGUUAGUUUCUCAAAUAGUGUUAGUGUUAUAUUGGCUAUAGGAAAAUGGUUAAGCUCAGCCACAGGGAGAAUGAUUAAUAUCGUGGGCUACAUGUAGGAUAGGCCGCCUGAACAAAGUUUAAUAUUAUGGACUCCAGGAAACAGGGUUAAUACCACAAUUUAACAGUCUACAUGAGUUGACAGGUUAACAGACUACAGGAACAAUGUUUGACAUGGGUUACAAGAACAAGGGUUAAGAUUAGCUCCAAGGAUACCAGAAACAGGAACAAGUAGCUAUCUCAUGGGUUAAGACUUGCACCACCACUUAGGUGCCAAAUGCUCCACAGUGUCAGAGUUCAAAAGUUGUGGAGUUCUCACUCUGUGUGAAGUAUUACAAAUAACAAGAUGUGAUAUUGUAUAUUUUGCACUGUCGACUACCUACAGUAUGUGUGCAUGCUCAGCACCAUUUCUUAGUAGAAGACCUUUUCAAUACUAUUUACGUUGAGGUCAUGUGACAGCAAUCAUUUCAGUGUACAUCAUCGUCUGUGCUUUGUUUUCACACUGAAGGACGCUGGUUCUUGGCAAGAUCAUGAGAAUUAUUUCAGAAGGGACAUACUUCUGUAAAGACAUUGAAAUACUUUAAAGGGUGGGUCUGGGUUUACUGUUCCACCUGGUAAAUCAUCUCUGUGUUAUAUAUGUGGUGAAAUUUGCACAUUUCUAUAUGUCAAGUGGGUCGGUUGCGGCGUCAAACUCACAAAUCCUCCCCCAGGUUUGUGACUCUUCGCCCUGGCCUGUUCUCUCCUGAUGUGUGUUGCCUUCAGACUGUUCCAUAAGGAGAGCUGACGGGUUUCACAGCUGUGACUGUGCAGUGACGCAGCAUGCCUACUACGUACCACUUCAUUGACAACCUCCACCCCAUCCCCAGCACACUAGUAAAGGAUGAUCAUUCAAAAAAUAAUCAGUUAAUAACUUUCUGUAACUAAUUCAGGAAAAAAUGCUCAAUAAAAGCGUACUGU